UUAAAGUGGCACUUCAGGCACUGGUGCUGCGGCCAAAAAUCCUCAGAAAGUUGCGACGGACUGGCAUUCCUGCAUCUGCCGAGUGCGAGUGUCUUCAGCAAGGAAGCAUAGUGUUCAGAAUGAAGCGGACGUUACUUCUUGUCACAGUCAUCUGUCUGGUUGUGCUGGAGAAAGCAACAGCUGGUUCCUACGGCGGAGGCGGAUAUGGUGGAUGCGGAGGGUGUGGUUACGGGGGCUAUGGAGGGGGCUAUGGAGGAGGCUAUGGAGGAGGCUAUGGAGGAGGCUACGGCGGUAAAUAUUGGAAGCAAGGGGGAUAUUACGAACAAGGUGGCUACGGGGGCUACGGCGGAAUUGGGCAUGGCGGAAUAGGACACGGAGGCAUUGGUCACGGCGGUUUCGGCCAUGGAGGGUUCGGUCAUGGAGGCUUCGGUCAUGGCGGCUUCGGACAUGGUGGUGGCUUUGGUCACGGUCUCUUAGGGAAAUUGAAAGGAUUCGGAGGCGGUUUUGGAUUUGGCUUCCACAAGUUCAAGCACUGGGGCUAAAUACAAUAUCACGAUGCAUGCUGCUGCAAAUCAUCAUGACUGAGCCGAAAUUCAUAGGAGUCGAAGACGCAUUCAUACAUUUAUGCAUAUAAAAAGUGAAAGAAAAUAUAUAAUAAAAGGAAUUCAAAUAAAUAUGA